GAGGUUAUGUUUUGUUGCACGGCGUUUGAUUUCGAUUUGACUUUUGACAUUUGCAUAAAGUGUAAAUUGAAAAUUGACCGGAAUUAUCAAAUAAUAAUUCUAAACUAUUAUAAAUGUAAAUAUUAAAAGUAGAAUCAUUUAUUGUCAGUGUUUAAAUAUAUUUUAUUUAGUUGAUGAAGAAUUUAAGUAGAUAGCAGAAAGCUGUUUAUAAGAAUUUUUCAACAUUAAAAUUGUGGACAAAUCCUCAUAUCUGGUGAACGAAAUCGGAACAAAAGUGAUGAGCUCAACAUCUAAAUGUAUAGUUAAGAUCACCAAUGAUGGACUAGAGGAAAUCUUGGAUGAAUCGGUGAGCUUAAACUUAGAUCUAAUUGAGGAGUCAACAAAUCCAGUGCCUGAUGAGGUCUUGCCAGUAGUCUUGAAUCUCGCAGAACUACCUGAUGAAGACAGCCUCGACAAUAAUCUUGUAAAUAAGGUAUCGAUAUCUGAUGUGCCCUCUGAGGAAUUAAAUAAGCCAGCUAGCAAUAAGGAUAAACGAACAGAGGCGGCAGAUAAAGGUAGACCUGUAGUCCUUAAUAAGGUUUCCCAGCAGCCGAACAAGAAGAACGGGGCUAGAGAGACGAAUAACAAGAAGUUGGCUUUUAACAGUAAGGGUUUCCAGCCGUCAAAGAAGCAGAACGGGGCUAGAGAGUCGAAAAAAGCGAAGUUGUCUUUUAACGGAGCAGGUAACGUUCAAGAAAAGUUUCCGUCUACAGGAUUUUGGAACCAGAAAAAGUUGAAAGGAGCAAAAAGAGGUGAAAGAAGUUACAGCACUCGUGAAACCGAAGGACGCAUUAGAUCACACGUUUUAAGAGAAGAAAAACGUGAAACGAUGGCCGAGUCAUUUUCCAGAAAUUACAACUCUUAUAAUUCUGGCCCAGAUAACAGAAAACCUGAAACAAUGGCUGAGUCAUUUUCCAGAAAUUACAACUCUUAUUCUGGCCCAGAUAACAGAAAACUUGAAACAAUGGCAGAGGCAUUUGCCAGGAAGAACUAUCCUAAUUCUGCUGUAGAUAAGAGAAAACCUGAAACAAUGGCAGAGGCAUUUGCUAAGAAGAACUAUCCUAAUUCUGCUGUAGAUAAGAGAAAACCUGAAACAAUGGCCGAGGCAUUUGCUAGGAAGAACAACCCUUCUAAUCCUGCUACACAUAGCGGAAAACCAUCUCGUGGAAGAGAUAUAGAUGAAGGUCGAAGGGAGUCUGAUAUUCCUCGUAGAAGAAGUCCUUAUGGGCACGACCGAGCUUCGCAUUCCUAUAGGGACCACGUUUCUCGUGAAAGAAAUACUGUCGCCAGUGAAAGAAGACCCUUUACUAGUGAAAGAAAUGAAGUAUAUCGUGAAACUCGGGGAAGAAGCCCUUUCGGUCGUGAAAGAAGUCCACUGCAUCGUGAAACUUUUGGAGGCGGUUCUUUCGUCAACGAGAGGAGUCAAUUUCAUCGAGAAAAUCGAGAAAUGAAUCCUUUUGGAAGUGAAAGAAGUCAGCUGCAUAUCGAAACAGGCCGAGGAAAUUCUUCAACGAGUGAUAGACCACAAUUAUAUCGGGAAACUCUGGGAAUAAACCCUUUCACAAGUCAAGGAAAUCCUUUCACUAAUCAGGGCAGUCAAUUAUGCCCUGGAACUUUUGGACAAAGUUCUUUCGCUGGUGUUAAUCCUUUUACUAGUGGAGGAAAUCAAUGGCAUCAUGGGAACCAAGAAAGAAACUCUUUCUCAAGUGGAACAAUGCAUGUUGAAAACCAAGGACGAAACCCUUUCCCAAACGGAACAAUGCAUGGUCAAAACCAAGGACGAAACCCUUUCACAAGUGGAAUAAUGCAUGGUGGAACCCAAGGAAGAAAUCCUUUCAACAAUGAAAUAAGUACUUUCAGCAGCAACACAAAUCAAUUCCACGGUGACUCAAUCCCUUUUAAUGAUGACAGAGAUUCUGAGGAGGAGUCAGAAAAGUCUGAAGAUUUUGCUGGUCCUGUAGAGCAGAAAUGUUCUAAAUUUAUGAAAAUAUAUGACGAUCCCGAAAGAAAGACAUUGAUUGUUCCUCGCGCAUAUCCAAAAAUACGAUUCUCUAAAUUUGAAAUUACAAUUCUGAAAGCUUUGAUAUUGACACAUAUGUCAACUGUAAACGUGAAGAGUAACGCAAAGUUAGAAAUUGAAGGCACUGUGAGCCACAAAGGAGCACUUUUGGUCACAUGUAGAGAUCAGCACACGAAACAGUGGCUAGAUAAGCUAGUCCCGCAACUAAAGCGACAAAAUGGCGAAAACAUGAGAGUGGCACUUCUCAAGGAAUUACUGUGGCCCGGAAUUAGAGUAACUAUGUUUCUCCCUGGUAAAUUUAGGAGAUCACCGCAUGGAUAUCUUGUACAAUUGGCCCAAGACAAUCCAGGUCUGGUGACGAAACAUUGGUGUAUUCGAGGCAAAAAUAAGAAAAAAAAUACUAUACUUUUAAAAAUAAACGAGGCGGACGUCAUGGUUCUAAGAAAAUACAACAUGAGACCUAAGAUAGGUACGUGUGAGAUCGUAUUCGAACUUGCUACUUCCAAAAGAAGAAUAUACUAGAUGCUUUCGGAUUAAUUGUUCUAAUCAACUGGCUUUUGUCUUUUCCAAUGGACAGUAUGGAACCAAGUAGAUGUUCGUAUUUCAAGAUAGUUGGUUUCAAAAGUUUGUUUUGUUUAUUUUAGAAUAAUAAUUGUAUUAUGUUGUAGAAUUCGUAUCUAUUCACAUUAUUUCUGUAAUGUACCUAUAAAUAAAAAAGGCAAUUGUCGAAAA